AUGAGCGAGUGCACAGAAAGAACAAGCAGGGAAAAGCGCGAGUACAAAAGGACAAAAGCCUCGACAAGUGCUUACAUCGACCAUGCCAUUGACCUCAAGCCCGGAGCCACGCCACCCUCCAAGGCGCCUUACCGCCUGUCAACGAACGAACUGGAGGAACUACGGACCCAGCUUGACGACUUGCUCUCCAAGGGCCUCAUCGGACCAAGUACCAGCCCCUACGGAGCGCCGAUCCUGUUCGUGAAGAAAAAGGGCGGCUCCCGGCGCAUGUGCGUCGACUGCCGACUGCUGAACGCGCAGACCGUUAGGGAUGCGUAUCCGCUACCCCGUAUUGAUGAUAUCAUGGACAAGAUGUACAACGCGUGGAUUUUCAGCACCCUGGACCUUCGGUCGGGGUACCACCAAGUCCGCAUCCGCGCAGGUGUUGACAGGCAAGUCCUGUCUGCUGAGUCAUAUCAUUGA